AGGGGGCGGGCCCGGCGGCUGCGCAGAUAGGCGUGCGGCCGUCACGUGAUUUCGACAUGGCGGUGUUUGCGGAUUUGGACCUACGGGUGGGUUCCGACCUUAAGGCGCUGCGCGGGCUCGUGGAGAAUGCCGCUCACUUGGGCUAUUCAGUUGUUGCCAUCAAUCAUGUUGUUGAAUUUAAGGAAAAGAAACAGGAAAUUGAAAAACCAGUAGCUGUUUCUGAACUCUUUACAACUUUCCCAAUUGUACAGGGAAAAUCAAAACCAAUUAAGAUUUUAACUAGACUGACAAUUAUCGUUUCGGAUCCAUCUCACUGCAAUGUUUUGAGAGCAACUUCCUCAAGAGUCCGGCUGUAUGAUAUCGUUGCCGUUUUUCCAAAGACAGAAAAACUUUUCCAUGUUGCUUGUACACAUUUAGAUGUGGAUUUAGUCUGCAUAACUGUAGCAGAGAAGCUACCAUUUUACUUCAAAAGACCCCCUAUUAAUGUGGCAAUUGACCGAGGUGUGGGCUUUGAACUUGUCUAUAGCCCUGCUAUCAAAGACUCCACAAUGAGAAGGUACACAAUUUCCAACGCCCUCAAUUUGAUGCAGGUCUGCAAAGGAAAGAACGUAAUUAUAUCUAGUGCUGCUGAAAGGCCUUUAGAAAUAAGAGGCCCAUACGAUGUGGCAAACUUAGGGUUGCUGUUUGGGCUGUCGGAAAGUGACGCCAAGGCCGCAGUGUCCACCAACUGCCGAGCGGUGCUUCUGCACGGAGAAACUAGAAAAACUGCUUUUGGAAUUAUUUCCACGGUGAAGAAACCUCGGACAUCAGAAGUAGAUGAUGAUUCUCUUCCAGCCUGCAAGAAAGCCAAGUGUGAGAGCUGAAACGAGUCCCCCUGUCUCUGUCAACACUCCCUUCUGCCUUUUGAGAAUCCAUCAGCCACAACAGAAACGGAACCUCCGUAUGAUUCACUAUUUUCACUUGGAGCUAGAUACUGGUAGUCUAUAAAAGCAGUCUUAUAUUUAAGCCAUUAAAAUAACAAAACCUAGUAAAGCAUUUAAAAAAAAAAAAAAAAGGCUGCCCCCAUAAUGAAUUUAGAUAUUUUAAGAGAAAAGCAAAGACCAGUUCAUUUAUCCUUUCUGUUAAGUGAUAAAUGGAAGGUAUAAUUGAAUAAGAUGUUUCAGUAUUUCAAGAAACUCUUUAAAAAUGUUUCUUCGUCAUUUAAAAGUUCAUGCUUUUCAGCUUUACUUGAUAUACAUGGCUUAUUUUUUAAUUUUACUACUCAAAAAGUGGUUAUUUUGAGGACUCUUAAAACUUAUGUUAUGGGGUUGGCUUUUGGUUGAUCUACUCUUGCUUUAAGCCUCUCUUUCAUUAUAGUCAUCAAGUCCAAGUCCUUUCUAAAAGGAAUUGCUAUAAAAUUUGUGGAAGAAAAGGGAAAGUGCACGUAAAAUCACACUUGGCCUCUUCCUUUGCUGCUUCUUACCUCCGUGAUGUCCUUGAAAUAGGAUUCCUUUGAGUUGGAAGCCCCUGAAAACCUAAUAUUGAUUUUUCUAAUUGCUAUAGUAAAAAUCUCAAAGCACUGGACUCAAUCAACUUUGGAAAUAAUUUUUUUAAUAACAGGAUCAUUAUAUUAAGGAGAAGUAGCCUUUUUUGUAAAUAUCUGUAUUUAUACUAUAUUGAUAUUAAGAACAUCAUUUAAAUGAAGCUAAGAACACUGUUCUGAGAGUCAGAGAAAAGAUAAUUUUAAAAAGAGAAAGCUUUACCCCAGCCUCACUUAUGAGUUUAGAUCCUUAAAUAAGAUAUUGGUAAAACAGAGUAUACCAUAACCGGGUGAGAUUUAUUCUAGAAAUGUAAGGAUUUUUCAGUUCUUUUCAAUGUACUAUACUUUAUCAUAUUAAUAGGUCAAAUGAAAAAAAUCAGAAUCAUCUUAAUAGAUGCCAGUAAGACAUUUGAUAAAAUUUAAAGUCCACUCCUGAUUUUUAAAAAAUAAACAAGAAUAAAAACCCUUGACAAAAUACAAAUAGAAGAAUAUUUCACACAUACAUGUAUAUGUUCAUUUCUCUUUAUAUAUAUUGUAUAUAUAUUAAGCAUCAUGGUUCUAAAAAUAAAGCAUUCUUUACUUCUUCUUAAGCAAUAUGAUGGAUUAACCUACUACACUCCCUCCAUAAAACUUAUGGCCACUGCUCCUGAACCCUCACACCCAGAGUCUGCCACUUCCUUGAGAGUGCCAGCUUGCUUCUGCCUUCACCCCACUUGGAUUCACCAAAAGUUAGGUGUGUGUUUAUUCACAAGUCUGUUUAUGCCAUUGUAUUUAGCAUUGUAAAAUUAAUAUAAGUUAAUUUAAAAUUAUAAAAACUGAUGAACCAGGAGGGGAAAAAAAGGAAUUCCCUGGAAAAUUAAUGCUUUUGAAAAGUUUGAAAAAGAUGAGUCAUUAAAAAGAACUGUCAAAAUAGGUGUGAGCAAGACAACUAGAUUUAGAGGAGAUCCAGUGGAAAUUCUGCACUUGGAUUGCUUUCCAGAGCCUUUAUAAGUUCUUUUUUCAUCUUCUUUUUUUUUUAAUUGAGGUAACAUUGUUUAUAACAUUGUUUUAUGUGUAUACAUUAUAAUUCAACUCAUGUACAUUACAGCUUGCCAGCAGAAGUUUCCGUCCAUCACCAUACAGUUGACUCCUUACCCGUUUUGCUUUCCCCCCCAUCCCUCCUUCCCCGCUGGUAACAACUACUCUGUUCUCUUUA